UAAUUUUAAUUCACUUGUAGUAUACUUCACGUUGUUAUGGUUUCACCACACAUUUAGGGUUAUAAUCUCCCAGUUACUUUUCAAAAUUACAUCAUUCAAAGUGAAAUCAUCCAAAAUGAACUUUAUAGGCAUAAACAGAAAAGAAAAUUGAAUCGAAAGCAAAUCAAGCGCUAUCCUUGCGUACCGAAGAUGUGAAAUGUUUGACCUUCUAGGCGUCGGUAUAUGCAUUGCCUGCAUCUCGUACUUGUGUUGCAUAUAUACAACUGCCUUCGUGACGAUAUCUCCAAAAUGUGAUUUACGGAAACGCCGCGGUAAUCGUCGCCACCUCCUCGUGCCGUAUUCAAAGCCGUGUCCGGAUGAAAAAGGGCCGAUAUCGUGCGCCAAUGAUACGGUGAUCAGUAGUUACUCCGAGACGUCGUCGUCACGACGAAGGUGUCCAUGCGCUGCAGCUCGAUGUACCGAACGCCAGCCGAUCGAAGGGCCGAGAAGACGAAAAAUCUAUCUCGUUGCCAGUUCUUUUUUGGAUUUCGAAAGUACAGAAGAUGAAGAGGCAGGAAAACGUAAGCGAUCCGACGAAGGCCUGUGCUACUGUCCUUCCGGCGAUAAGUACCAACUCGGUGACUUUCCACGACGCAGCGACAGACAGUUCGAGUGUCGUACGUGAAUCUUCUUUCAUUUUUUUUUGGAAAAACUGUUAUGCGACACUUUUACUCAAGAUUUUCGACGUCGGAUUAGAAGAUUGGAUUUGGACUGAUCGGUGAAAAAAUCGGUUUGAGAAAUCGGCAAUUGUAAAAGUGAAACGUAUUAAAGUUUACAGUUUCAUUAAA